AUGAUCCUGAUAAAAACGGAACCAUCCCCCGAUGGACAGGACGUCUCCGAAACCUUCGUAUCCUCGAGCAGCACAAGAAAUUCCAGCAAGGCAGCCACUGCUGCGCCUACGCAUCAGCAGCGCAAGGCCAGGGUCAGUAAAGCUCGUUUCAUUCUCGGCAAGAUUGUUAAGAAUGAGGCAGAGGGCAGGAUUGACCAGCGCGAUGCGGAGGACAAGAUUCGAUGCCUGGCGGAGAUCGCAGACUUCGAGGAGUACAUGAGGCGGCGCCAGGCAAGCGAGAUCGCAGCCAAACUGGCAAAGGACGCUCAGGGGAGCCCAAGACCGACCUCCUUGGUGAAGAAGGCCAAGAAGUUCAGCGACGUAGCCGGAGACAACCUCGCAAUGGCACUGGUGGACGACCUGCACGAGGACGGACGCCUGCUGUCGGAGAAGUGGGAGGAGAUCGAGGUCAAGGUGGCCGACAUGAUAGCCGAAAGGCUGUCAGCCGUGCCAAAUAGUCCGAUCCCCUCCUUCGACUCGUCGGAAAUGGUCAGGGGGCACCGGGUGAUCAAGUGCGAUGACUCCUUCUCAAGCUCCUUCCUAGCGGAGUGCAUAGCCAGGAUUGGAAAUGCUUGGGACGGCCUUAGUAUUAGGCUCGUCCACGCCUGGGAGAUUCCAAGGAGGCCGCGGGCUCGCAUUUGGUUGCCAAAGGAGCAGACUGACCAGGGAAAGGUGCUGUCGCUGCUGAGGGCUCAGAACCCAGAGGUGCACACAGAGGACUGGGAGAUACUCAGAGUGGAGAAGGAGAUGAAGACGAGCCAGCCGUUCCUCUUCCUCAUCAACCAGCGCUGCGUGCCGCAGCUUGAGAGGGCCGACUACACCGUCCGGUUCGGCCUACGGAAGGCCAAGGUCAAGGUCUUCCUGGCAGAGCCGGAUGAUGUUCUCGAAGAGGUCGAUGACACCAACAAGCUGUAA